CAGAAUACAAUUUUUUUCGACAGACGACGGGCGAGGAAAUUAUGCGCAGCGCGUUGUUGUGGUUAUUUUUUUUAUUUAUUUUUUCGUAAAUAUAUAUAUACCCAAAAGUGCAUAAUUGGAAUGAAAGGCAAAAAUAAAGUGUUCCAUUCACAAGUGUACGUGCAUUUGGCAUUAACUUUCCUCUGAAAGUUGAGCGCACGAUAUUGCAGGCAACGCCAUCAUCGUCGUCGUUGUCGUCGUCGUCGUUUGUGUGUGGAGCGGUGUGCUGUGCUUAGGAACGGAGCGUGAGAGAGAGAGAGAGAGAAGAGAAGCGGACAAACGGCAAGGAAUAUCGCAAAAAAAAGUUGCAGCAAAAGCAACAACGUGCGUGCGUGUGUGUGUGUAGAAAGAAAAGCAUUAAAAAGCCAGAAUAAGAGGAACCACAUUGGCAGCAGGAGAAAAAACGAAACGAAAGAGCGCAAGGUGGGAACCAAGAACAACGAACGACAGCUAAACGGGUGACAGGCGCGACAAGAAAGACAAGAAAAACAGGAGUACAAAUAUACUAAAAGGGCGAAGACAGCAGCAAAGCAACAACAACAGCACCAAGACCAACAACAACAGCAACAGUAGCAGCGAUAAAAUGUUAACCAGCGCCAAGAACAAACAAUUCAAAUAGUGUUCAUUUGGAUAGAGCAAAAAAAAAUCGCAUUUGCCGCUUGUGUAAAUGUGUAUGCAUGUGUGCGAGUGCGUUUGGGUGUAGGUGCUUGUGUGUCUGUGUGUGGCUGUGACAAUGUGUUUUUAUAACAGCGCCUAAUUCGCAAGCAACAACAACAAACGCUAGCAAAAUUAUAUCAGUGAGAAUCCGAAGCUGGAAAAUCAACAACAACAACAGUAGCAGCAGCAGCGGCGGCAAGAACAACAACAACKACCAGCAUUCGCUCGCUCGAUCCCAUUUCACGCGUCGCCUCACCUCGUCUCGCCUUGCCGUCUCUUAUGUUGUUUUCUGUCUGUCACACUUGCAGUUCCAUACGAUCCAGCAUCGCUACGUCAUCGUCAUCGAACUAUCAAGUUAUCGGCCAUCAUCCACAUAAUCAGCACAGGUUCCACACCGGCCAUAUCCACUGACGUUGCACCAGCAACAGAAGCAACAGAAGCAACACAAACAACAAUAACAACACCAAAAACAAUAACAGCUACACAAUGCCCAAAUGCGAUGUGAAAACCCGUUACAUUCCGGCGACUUUCGCAUGGAUUGUGCUGCUACUUACAACAUUUCUCUUCUUCUUUUAUCCCUGCCAAUACUAUGUGAAGAGCCAUCCGUGGGUGCUGGCCUAUCAGGGCGUCAUCACGUUCUUUGUGCUGGCCAACUUUACGCUGGCCACAUUUAUGGAUCCGGGCGUUAUACCCAAAGACUGCGAGGAGGAGUUCCGUGCACCGCUCUACAAGAAUGCCGAGAUAAAUGGCAUUACGGUCAAGAUGAAAUGGUGCGUCACCUGCAAGUUCUAUCGCCCGCCUCGCUGCUCCCACUGCUCGGUGUGCAAUCACUGCAUAGAGACGUUCGACCAUCACUGUCCCUGGGUGAAUAAUUGCAUUGGCAGGCGCAAUUAUAGGUUCUUCUUCUUCUUUCUGGUCUCACUCUCAAUCCAUAUGCUGAGCAUCUUCUCGCUGUGUCUGUUCUACGUGCUCAAAAUCAUGCCCAACAUCAAGCAGACGGCGCCCAUAGUCGCAAUGAUACUGAUGGGCCUUGUCACUGUGUUGGCGAUACCAAUCUUCGGGCUAACGGGCUUCCACAUGGUUCUGGUGUCGCGGGGCCGCACCACCAACGAGCAGGUGACGGGCAAGUUCAAGGGCGGCUACAAUCCCUUCUCACGUGGCUGCUGGCACAACUGCUGCUACACCCAGUUCGGACCACAGUAUCCCAGCCUGCUGAAGCCGAAGAAGUACGCAUCGCGGCGAUCGCAGACCCAAAAUCAAGCCAUCAGCACCAUAUGCAACGAUCGGACCAAUCAACAGACCAACGCCGGCAGUGGUAACGGGGCCGGGGCCGGAGCCGGUGGCAAUGGCAGCACGGCCGGCGGCGUCGGCGUCGGCAGCGGCAUGCGCGGCACUGCGGUACAAUAUUCACCCCGCUCCUACUACGAGUCGAGUCGGGAGAAGCGUGGAAUUCAGGUAAAGACUUAUAUGGCCGAGGGCAAUGGUUAUAAUCAACGGUCGGGCAGCACAACGCUUUAUAGUAAGCUGUCGCCGGGACGCGAGUGCUCCGACACGGACCUGGAGCCGCCGCCCGCCUCACAGAGCCAAGACUGCGAGCCGACGCCGCCGCUGCAGCGCCACAACUCGACCAACUUCUACCUGCCACAGGUGAGCGACACGGCGCCUGGCAUCAACAUGAGCAACAUGAACAACGGCAACAUUGCCAGCGGUGCGGGUGGUGCCUCCAACUCGGCGCAGUCCGGCGGCGGUGGCGACUCGCCGCGUCACUUGCGCAUGUAUCAUCCACGGCACAGUCCGCACGCGCGCACCAGGGGCCUGGAUCCGCAGCGCGGCUACACGAGCGAUCCACUGUCGCCGGACCAGCCGGGCGGUGGCUACGUCGUCAACGGGCAGCAGGGCAUAUCAGUAGCACAAAGCCAGCGCGGUGGCACCACCACGGCCACGCCUACCAUGCAACAACGAAUUAAGCCACUGGGCGUGGCCACCCCACUCGUCAGCGCCAGUCCAGUGAGAAGAUCCAAUCCGGGCACUCCCACGCAACCUCGACGCCCCGACUUCAUCGGGCUGAACGCGCAGGCGGCCCAGCAACAGCAGCAACAGCAGCAACAGCAGCAGCAACAGCAACAGCAGGCGGCCGCAGCGGCAGCUGCCUACUAUGAGUACACCAGCGGGCUACCGCCGCAGCAUCCGCAGGCGCCGACGAUUCAGCACCAGCAGCAACUGCUGCUGCAACAGCAGCGGGUCAUGCUGCAGCAUCAGCAACAGCAGCAGCAACAAGUGCUGCAGCAGCAGCAGUCGCUGGCGCAGGCUGCUUAUGGCGGCAGUCCGCAGCGUCGCUUCCUGUCUGAGGGCGAGCUGGUGCGGCAGGGCGCUGGCGGUGAGCUCUCCUAUGCGCGCUCCAACAACACGGUGGACAACAUACGGGAGCUGGCUGGCAGUCCGCAGCGCGGCGUCUACAUGUGGAAGGACACCUCCCCUGGCUUCGGCGGCGGUGGCGGCGGACCGGCCAGCGUCAGCAUUGGCAGCAGUGCGGGCACUCUGCCAAGCAGCAGCAAUACGGGCGGCAUGAUGCAGCAUGCGCAGUACAUAACGGCCGGCGGUGGCGCUCAUCCGCUCAUCAUGACCCACUCGCGCCUGCAGGACUACGCCAGUCAGCAGCAGCAGCAACAGCAGCAACAACAACAGCAGCAGGCAGCCUUGGCGAAUGCUGCAGCGGCGGCUGCUGCCUCAUAUCAUCGCUCCAAUCCAACGAGCCCCACAACCUUGCCACAGACGUCCGCUGCACAAUCGUACAUUCUGCGCUACGGCGGCGGCGGCGGCGGUGGCGCCGGAGCGGGCGCCCAGUCUGGCAGCAGCGGCAGCAUCGCCAACAUGCCAACCAGCAAUGCCGGCCCUGUGUCCAGCGGCUAUCAGCCCCAGUUGCGUGGCGGCGUGGCAGUCUUUCCACCCAACCCGCUGGCCGGCGUCAACGUGAGCAGUGCGGCCGGGGCGCUGCAGCCCCAGCCAUCGCCUCAGAUCAAGCGCAAGCAGACGCCAACGAGGCCGAUGAGUUUUGUGCGCGCCCUGGAGAUGACCGAUUCAAUGGAGAUGCAGACACUUGAGCAGCAGCAGGCGACGGCGGCCGCUACGAUUGCGCGCAACAACGGCGGACUGCCCAGCGGCAUUCCGGCGAGCCUGGCGCAGCAGAAUGCGGCCGCAGCCGCCGCUGCAGCUGCUGUGGGACGCAAUGCGGCGGCCGCAGCUGCCGCGGCCGCAUCGAAUGCCACUGGCACACCGGACCGUGCCAGCAUCUAUGAUAUGAACUAUGAGAUCUCCGUAUAACCCGUGGUUGUGCCCGUC